CUGAACCCUAUGAUGGACAUUACUAUAUGGGAAAGUUCGCAGCGCUGACGUGCACUGACCGGCAGAACAAGUACGGUGCACUUACGUAACCGAUAAGGUAGGCCGAACCUCACCCGAACCGAACGUAAUUGCGAAAAGUUUUAUGUAGCCUUGCUGCCCGAGCCCGAUCACGAUGCUACCACUGGACCCAUCAACAUGCACAUCAUCCUGAAGUUCCGUGGUUCACCUGGGUGGCAUAACUCACGUUCCUUCCUUCGCUCUCAAAAGUCGUUCGUUCGUCAUAAUAAUACUGAUCUGCACAAGCGCCUGGCCUCAUCCGGCGCGCCCCAGCAUCCUCGGGGAAGGUCUUGGCUUUGGUAUCCGGCAACUCUUUUAGCGCUCACAGGUGUAGGGUACUAUGCAUAUGAGAAUCACCAGCCUUCCCGACAUGCCGUAUUGGCAACUAUACGGUGCUCACGACUUGCGCGGGCUGCAAUAUCUGGAGCAAUUGAUUACAAGCGUACUCUUGCAGACACCUAUACUUCUGAGGAAGACAGGCUUGAAGCAGUCUCACAAUGCCAUGUUCGGAGCGCUACAAAGGUGCUGAAUGCUCUGUUGGCCAAUGGAGGCAUCUAUAUUAAAUUGGGCCAACAUAUUGCAUCAAUGAUUGUACUACCAAUAGAAUGGACCAGCACCAUGGCCCCGCUUCAAGACAGGUGCGAUGCCACCCCAUAUGAGGGUAUUGCAGCACUAUUCCUAUCAGAUAUGGGACAGCCCAUAAGCGAGCUUUUCGACGAUUUCGACCCGGUUCCUAUUGGUGUUGCAAGUUUGGCUCAGGUUCAUGUAGGGUAUCACAAGGCAUCAGGCAAAAAGGUUGCAGUGAAGGUUCAACAUCCUCACCUGGUUGAAUUCUUCAACAUUGACAUCAAUAUGGUCCAGUCUACUUUGGGCUGGAUCAAGUAUUGGUUCCCAGAAUUUGAAUUUAGCUGGUUAGGUGAGGACAUGCGGGAGAACCUCCCGAAAGAAAUGGAUUUUGUGCACGAAGCCCGCAAUACAGCUCGUGCGGUGGCUGACUUUGAAAAUAUCAAGACGUCAUUAUACAUACCCGAGGUCAUAUCUGCGAACAAACGAGUUCUCAUCAUGGAGUACAUUCAAGGAAGCCGCAUAGACGACCUUGCAUACCUUUCAAAGCAUAACAUUGACAGGAACAAAGUCGCGCUAGAGCUUACGCGAAUCUUCAAUCGAAUGGUAUUUAUGAACGGGUGGUUCCAUGCGGAUCCUCACCCUGGUAACUUGUUGAUACGUCCUGCUUCUAAGUCAUCCAAGUCGCCUUAUAACUUUGAGAUCGCACUCUUGGACCACGGACUGUACUUUGAUCUUAACCGGGAACUUCGCGUGAACUACAGCAGGUUGUGGUUAUCACUCAUUGCUCGCUCGUCGCCGACUGUCGAUGCUGACCGUCGGAAGUAUGCGGCAUUGAUUGCGAACAUCACACCUGAUUUGGUACGUGAUUGUUUCUUUGGUGGAGCGAACAUGUCACAAUGUAUUAUCAAACAGUAUCCUGUUUUCGAGGCAGCAAUUACUGGCCGACUGGCACCCGAUGGUAUAAUUGAAGCAGAUGACGGACCUAAGAGCGACAUUCAGCGAGCCACAGGCAUGCUCGACAUGGCUUCCCAGACUGGGGAGGAAAUGGAACUCAUUCGCAAUACUGCUCCCCAAGGGAACAUGUUGGUAUCCGUGCUCGAUGUCCUGCGCCGAUUGCCUAGGCGCGUGGUGAUGGUCAUGAAGCUCAAUGACCUGGCCAGGCACUUGGAUCAUUCACUGGCAACGACUCAUUCGAGCGUCAGGAUAUUCCUCGUCACGUCAAAGUACUGCAUGAAGGCAGUUUGGCAAGAUGAGAAGAACCGCUUCCGCGAGGGUGGACUCGGAUUUGGAUCCUUCUUAGGCAGUGCUUGGGCAUUCGCAACUGGGUACUCCAAACUCACAUUCAUUGAAUUUAUGAUGGAUUGGCAAGCUUCAUUGGUCAAGUCGAGUGCAUGGUUACGUGGGUUUUAUUCCAGAGGAUUAGCUGGAGCGCACGAUGCGGCAGCUGGUCUUUACUAGUUAAAUUUUAUGAUACAUAUGCGAUUAGAAGGUCGUUACGGAUAGAGUUUUAGAUAUAAUUUUAUUUCUGGCUAUUAUCAAAGAAAGAGUCGAUUAUGUUGAUGCUCUUUUUCAGACAAGCCCACUGCGAGGUAUUACUUGGGACACCUCAAACCUGCAAUCGGUGGA